UCCGACUGACUCCCAGAUGGGUCCACCAUUAACAAUAUAGUAUCGUUUUUCAUGUCACUAUACAGAUGUAGAGACACGCGAAGGUAUGUCUCCCUUGAUUGAUAUUUCCAGUAGAAGGCCAAGAUGGCUUCACAUCUUAGCUGUAUGCCAUGUAUUGUCAUUAUUCAAUAUGUUUGUUAGCGGAGAUGUUAAAGUGAAUCAAGGAAAUGAGUCAAUAUUAUUCUACUUGGACAGAAUGGCUACCUUUGGCCCGGAGCUAACAGAAAUAGGCAUUACAGGUUAUUUGAUGGCUGUAGGCCCUGAAGUGAACAAGUCUUCCUGUACAGACUUCAAGCCACGCAUUCCAAACAAUGAUACCUCCAGAGUCUGGAUUGCUCUCAUCAGAAGAAAUGGCUGUAAAUUUGAUGAAAUGGUGCUAAAUGCUCAGAAACUGGGCUACCAGGGAGUGAUUGUCCAAAACCGUUUCAAAGAUGAAAGUCUUGUUGCUAUGGGAGGAGAUUCUCAUAUGUUUGAUGUGAAUAUUCCAUCAGUGUUUGUGGGCUGGACAAGUGGAUACGAGAUCAGCAAGCAUUAUUGCUACCAGUGCUCAUUCUCAAAUUACACAAUCACCAUCAACAACAAUUUACCACAAGACUUCAAGUCAUACAUCUUGUGGCCUUUUGCCAUCGUAGUGGGCACAUGCUUUAUUCUCAUGCUCUCCUUUAUGAUAUUUAAGUGGUGUAGAGACAUCAGCAAAAGAAAGAAGUCAAGGCUUUCAACAAAAGUGCUGAAGAAAAUACCAACAAAGAAGUUUAAGAAAGGUGAUGACUAUGAUGUAUGUGCUAUUUGUCUUGAUGACUAUGAGGAGGGAGACAAACUUAGAAUCCUGCCCUGUUCUCAUGCAUAUCACUGUGUGUGUAUCGAUCCAUGGCUGACAAAAAACAAGAAAACUUGCCCAGUGUGUAAGCGUAAAGUCAUUCCAGGAAGUAACCCAGACUCGGAUUCAGAUUCCGAUGAGGAUAAUGGAAACCAGUCUACAUCAGAGAGAGCUCCCUUGCUCGGAAACAACAACAACACCAGACCAGCCAGAAGGUCUACAUUUGAUAAUUCAGGGCUACCAGAGACAAUGCGACCACUGCUGAGGACUGUAAAUGAGAUGAAUCCAGAUUCUAGUGAUAGUGAUUCCGACUCGGAGGAUGAGCAGCAGCCCAUAACUCACACGCAGGAAAAUGUUGUCAACAGAGCUGUUGUUAAUCGUGGUUACUUCAAGUCAAGUGAUGAGGACAGUGACGAAGAUAUACAAACCCAACAGUCAGGAGUCGAGGAAAGUAGACAAGGAAUUAUUGCUAAUGUUUCCAUAGUGAACGUGGACCAAACUGAAGAAUCCAGAAAUGUAAAUCAUGUGGUUUGAUUUUUUACGAGCAUUUGUAGUUGUUUCCAGACCUGGAUUCCUGGUGUUUUGAAGACUGAUGUCCAGACCUGGAUUCCUGGUGUUUUGAAAACAGAUGAAUAGAAUUAUGUGCAGGAUAUGUAUUCCCAGCUCCAACACCCUCAAGACUUUUUUGUAUUUGGCUGUGAAUGAAACUGUUGAGUUAGACAUAUGAAUCUUCAAAAUACAUACCCUGGUAGUUUUGACUCCUGAUGGUUUUCUCUAAACAAUUAGAAAAUGUCAUAAAAAGGGUUGAAGGCUCAGAGUCUUAAUUUGAUGAUAUAUGAGUUGACCAUUUUGGAAACUUACAAACAGACAGCUAUGUCCUCUUUGAUCGAAGAUAAAAGAAAUUGCAUUACAAGAUAGUUUCUCUGUCAAAUUUUAAUGUCUCGAUCCCAGUGGUUAUCUGUCAAACUUUAAUGUCUCUAUCCGCAUGGUUCAACUUACCACCUUAAGUCAAUUGGUUCAACUGGAAGCCUUCAAUUUUUCCUUGCUUAGUAAGGGGCUGCAUACAUGAUGUAGAUCAAAUAGUCAAACUCUUGGAUUUCAUUGAUGUUUUUAUGGUAAUAUGUAUAAUUCUUUCAUGUUAAACUAUGUACAAUGUAACAUUUUAAAAUUGAAAACUGAAAAGGUCCUCCUUAAUGGGGAUUAAUUAGUGCUAACAAGACAGUGCUAACAUAUUGUCAAAAAAUACAAAUAUUUUAUUGUAAAGCAUCACAGGUGGUGUUAGUACAAUGACCAGACUCCAGCAUAUUUGAAGGUUACAGCACAAAUCAAAUGUCCUUGGGAAAGAAAUGUUUGUAGGAGGCUGACUGAUCUACCUUUUCAGACUGGUACAGUUCUGUAUUGAGCAUAUGAUGUUGUAAAAUAGUAGAUGACUCCUGUUAAAGUCUCAUAUUCCCAUCUGACAUAAAAAUGUUGCCUGCAAAAGAUCAAACUUAAAAGUUUUAGAGCAGUUAUGUAUUAAUGCUGUGAGAUUUAUCACCUAUGCUAUUUGGAGAGAGAAAUUCAUCUCACUAGUCAACAUGGUCAGCGUGGUAAUAUCACAGAUAGAAAAGUGGUUCUUGUAAAUAGAGGAUUAGAAUUGAUUGUCACGACAUCUGUGUUUUAUUACUGUGACCUAUAAGUUUAAUUCAGGAGAUUAAAUUAUAUACAAAUGUUAGUGUAGCUAUUUGUGUGGAUAUGAUCUUGUUGGCUUACUUGGAUAACCUCCCUUUGUAUUUGAAAUAGUGUUGAUAAAUCAAAUGUGAUGUAUUACAAAUACCAGACCAAAUAUUUUAAACAGCAAAAUUAUACUGUUUGUAUCAUUUUUGUUUCAUUUUUCAAUCUUGCAAGGCAAAACAAAUUCUGUGGGUUCUUUACUUUUUCUUUACUAUUUAUUUCGUCUUCCAUUUUAUGAAAUGAACGUGUCAAGUCCUUUAUCUAGCAUUACUUGAAUUUUGAAAGGUUUUAUUGGCGAUCAAAAAUAUUUUUUAAAAUUGUUGAUAGAUAGCUUAAGAUGUGUAUGUUAACAUUGAUGUGAAAUUAAAUACUUGUGUUUGUAACAUUUGAAGAAGCUUCUUUUGAAUGAUCAUUGUGUUCUGGUCAGUUUUAUGAGAAGAAUUCUUUUUUGACACCAUGAUAAUCUCUUAUUAGGUAUAAAACAUAAAUUCCUGUAAAAUUACCAUUAGGUACCCUAAAAUUUAUUCCAGUUUGAUUCAGAUAUGAUUGAAAAAUUGAUUACCACAUUACAUGUACAUGUUAUGUACAAUCCACAUAUUUCAUUUUGAUAAUUGAAACCAAUUGUUAAUUGUGCUGUAAUCGACAAUACUGUGAUCUUGAAAGUUCAGUGGAAUUUUCCUCACCUUAAUUGUUUUUGAUGUCUCUGAGGCAGUGAUGUAUAUUACUGGCAGGCACACAAAGACGUUUCUGUGGUUUUAACUGAAAUUCAACUGAACUUAUUGGAUUUAAUUGUCACUGUAUAAAUACAAGCAUCUGUUAUAGAUUCUGCUCCAUCUUGAAAGUAAAUUACAGUUUUCAAUAGCUUAAUACAAACACACACCCACAAAUAAAUAAACUUAUAAGGGUUGUCCCUAAAAAUAAAAUUGAGAUUUUUUUUCAAAGAUUUUAGUUGGUCGUAAUGUAUAGAUAUAACAUGAAGUCUUGUCCUGUGGGAAAGGGGUAGCUUUAGACAUGAUGUUCAAAUCAAUCUUUUCAGUUAGAGAAAAGGUUGGUGAAUAUACUUGUACAAGAAGUUUGCCUUAACUGGACUUGAUGCUAACCACUAUUUCUAGGGUUUCAUUUUCUACAGGUUAGAUUUGGUGUCAGGUAUGUUGUCAUGUUUUCCUCCAGAGAACAGAUUUAUAUCUUCUCUCAGGAUUUGUUGUAUACACAUAUUUGUUUUAAAUCUGCUUUGAGCAUGCUGCAGUCCAAGUCGAUAUAUUUGGUAUUUGACAAGGAACUAACAUGUACAUUGUAUAACAAAAGUGUUCCCAUUGUUACUAUGGGAUAAAUGAUGAUAAAUUAUUGUAAAGGUUAAAGUUACUAUGAUAAUGAAAAUUUUUGUAUGCUCCUUCAUAUAAAUACAGGUAUAUGUGUUCAAUGUAUGUCAAAUUGUAUAUUGUAACUUAAAUACAAACUUAAUUUAAAUAUUGACAUUUUUUAUCGUGUUAUUUAAUUUCUAUGCUUAAUAUAAAUUAAUGAUAUUUUUCUGUAAUUUGAUGUAUUUUAAGCUCCUGGUGAUAGUGGACUAUUCACAAUGUACCUUGUCUGUCCUUAAACAAUUCUUGUUAUGGUUAUUGCCGGUGAAGCAGAGGAUGGAUAGUUCUCACACUUCAUAGGAAGGUUUACGAUAGUCUCUAGUUGCAGUUUUCAUAUUAAUUAAAAGCAAAAAUAGGAGAGAUAAGAAAUGAAGGAGAAAUAUCCCGCUUUUAAAGAACAGAUGAAGGAGAAAUAUCCUGCUUUUAAAGAACAAAUGAAAAGUAAACAAAAGUGGGUGCCAGUAUCCCCCAUAUAUAUUUUGUUCGUUUAUUGUCUUUCCAUUAAAGUUAUUUAUUGAACUUAAUCGACCCUGGUACUGUAUCUUACCCAUUUUGAUUCCAUGUUGAAGAAAUAUGUCCACCUUUUUGUCGACAAUUAAGAGUGGAUAAGGUCUUAUUCAACAUACAUUUUUUGGGACAGAAUAUGUAAUUCUUGUUUAGAAAUUUCCGCAAGAAAUAAAUCUAUAUCAGUACGUUUCACAGGGUCUGAAAUUACUGAUUAUUCUGUCACUCUCUGGGGAAAAAUUACCAGAUUUGAGCUUUUACAAAAAUUGAGCACAGUGUGAAAUGAAGGUAAGCAUGGUGUGAAAUUAAGGUAUUUGUAGUUGAGCUCAUUUGUGAUUCUUCCCUUUUCUGUUUCUAAGUAUAAAAGGCUGUCUCAAGGAUUUGAUUAUCUACACAUACUAUAUAGCUUUUUAUGGUUGCCUGUAUCUUCAAUUUGAUCAAAAACUUAUUAGCGAUUGCUGAUUGGAAUUUUUCAAUAAAUGCAAAUUAAUGUACAGUGUAUAUUAGAUUUUUAUUAUAUAAAGGCUGUGUUGGGCGUAUUGUAAUAGGCUUCAACAUUUACCCGAGGUCCCAGAUGUAGAUAGAGCUGUUCUAUCAGUAAAUAAGAAUUAUGGGUUAUUAACCAAGACUUAAAGGUGAAGUCAAUCUAUCUUUGUUUUAUUGCAUCAGCAGUGAAUCUGAAAAAAUGUUAUUGUAAUGAAAUGUUUAAUGGACAAGAAAAUGGGGGACUCCAAAUAAAGUGCUUGUUAUUUCAGUCCAAAAUGAAACAUGUCCAAUGUUUCAAAUAUUUUGGUGUAGAAAUUUGAAAUAGGUAAUUUUCUAUUUCACUUUAGAAUAGAGCACUACAAUACUGAUAAUAAUUAAGAGUAAAAAAGUUAAGGUUUUAAAUCACUCAUUAAAAAAUGUACAUGGAUCUCAUUCCCCAUGAACAUUAUUGUCUUUCAAUUACAAAUUAAAAUUUCAUAAAUUAUUCAAAUAAACCUCAUGAAAUUAAGGGAAAAAUGUCUAUGAUUGUUACAUGUUUUCACAUUAUGAAAAGUACUUGGGUAACUGGUCAUCAAUAUCUGAUAGAAUAAGUGGAUAGUUUUCAUAUGACUUAGAAUACAUUACAAGCUGAUAUAUUUUACACAAUUUUUCAUGCAAAUAUAAAGCAAAUAAAUUUUAUAUACCCAAA